CAGGGAGACAGGUUUGAGCAGGAGGAUAUGCAGUAGGUAGGUCGUGACCGGUCUCACACUCCGGUACAGUAGGUGGCAGUAUAUGCACUUUUCAAUUGGAUGCGAGCUGCCAAUAAAUUAAAAGACGCGGUUCCCUUGAAAGGAAAAUGGCUUCACGAAGACAAUCAUCAGUUCCUAAAAGUCAGAAACCUACUCGAGCAGAUUCAAAAAGUUCCAAAGUUGUAAGUGAAAACGUCAAGAGCAACAAUAGUGGAACUGGAAACACCAGUAAAGGAAACAUUAGUGGAGCUGGACAUAAAAUAAAAUCUGCUGGAACAAUCGUUAAGUCUCGAUAUCUGCAACCUGUCGAAAAGGCACCAGCCUCUAAGAACAAUUCCCUCACCAAUGAGUCUACCUUCGUACUACAAAGGCCGGCCUCGCCUAAACCAGGAGGUGUUACACCACGGGUGGCCUCUCCCGCAAGGCGUUCCAUGGCUCCUCAGUCACUUCGUAAUCAAACUCAAAUGAUGUCUAGUGUCUUUGAGGCUUCACAACUAGGAACAAGUAUUUUGCAAUCUACAACCGUAGAUGGUCAUUGUUUUCGCCCCGACUUUGAUGUCUCUGUCAUUAAAGAAAAGACAGUGUUACAAAAUGCAGCAGUAGAACAUGAAAGAAACGAUCAACAAAAAAAGAGACUCCUAGAGAUGCAGACAUUCUUGUUGGCCUACCUCACAGCCAAGAUGGAGAAUAAUAGCCAUAGGUUAAAAGUGGAGGCUGAAGGGCGUAUUCUAGCUGUGAUGGAGGAAGAGGAACAGCUACGAAAGGAAGUCCAUGAGAAGAAGCGCAUGUACCACCUCCUGGAGAAGAACAAGCAGCUGGAUGACCUCCUUGAUUUACAGAUCACCGUUCUAACUCCAUUGGCAGAUGCCGCCAAGCAGUUCACACAGGACUACAAAGAUUUUGCCAGUGCAGUGGACACUACAUGCCAUGAGCUUCCAGUGAAAAACUUUUAUAUUGAGGGGGACAGAAUGGAGUUUCUUGAUAAAACCACUGCUAACCUGAAGGAGAUUGAGGAAGUGUUACUGCAGUGCACACAGGGAGCUGAGCAUGGCAAUGAUAAAUCUGCUGAGUCCCUGAGAGGAAUGCAAGCUGCUGCGCAAGACAUCAGCGAUCAGCUCUCGGGGGGGUUUUCAGAGUUGUUGGAGCUGUCAUCACUUGUCAGUCGGGAGAAUGUGCAGAUCCAGCAGGCCUUGGAGGAGGAGCAGAUUGGCUUGAUUAGAACUCAGGAGCUUUACUGUCCAAAGCUGUGAAGUAGCAUUGGGAACAUCGUAAAAGCAUGUAUAAUAUCUAUAGUGUUUAUAAACAUAGUAAUUUUUGCUUAAUCACAUUCAUUGGGAAUCUUGUGAAUGGGAGUUUUGUAUAACUUUGUAAUAAAUUGUACACCUUUUG